GAUGACACCAUCGAGAUCCGCGAGGUAGUCCAGCCCAACGCCGGUCGAGACUCAGCCUCCUGUUUUCUGCGAAGGCAAAAACUGCCAAAAGGUGUCGUCGAUAUGCCCCUACCGGGAGCCGUUACAGAUAAAACUCUGCUCAAUACCUCAGCCACCUCACCGGAUAACAGAGUCUAUCUGGUAGACAGUCUGAAGGUACGUUUUUUGACUCAUGCCAAAGAGCUAAAGGUCUGUCCAGAAGACCUCACUUGUCUCUGA